GGGAAAGCUCCUGAUUCCGAUACGAUUUCUCAGGCAGCAUAUUCUGGUUCCCAAGUUGCGAUACCUGCGAGGUGGCCCUGUGAGUUCGACGUUUAAAUUUUAACGUGCCAUGAAAUCGCCGACGGGCUGCUGACGGGAAGAGCAUCAGAUCGCAUUGAGGAUUAGCAGUCCGGGCUGUGAGCACGAUCACCAAGCUGCGACACACAUGUGAGCCAAAAACGCUCCUGGGCGCAUCUUGAAAUGCCAAGUUGAGAUGGUUUUAGGACCUUUGCCUCUGCCGUUUUCUAGCAUUUCAAGCGCCAUCCAUGUCCCAACAUUCGGAGGGCGAGGCAGAGCAGAGUCAACCUCUGAUCAAACCUGGGCCAACCCAGGGCAGCGUGGGCAGUGCGGGCUGCUGCUGGGUGGCCUUGACGGGGAUCUCUGUCCUGGUGCUGGUCCUUAUAGCUGCCGUCGUCGUGCUGAACUACACGGGGCACACUGACUGGGUGGAUUUAGGUCUGGCGGACGCAGGUGUUGGGGUCGAGAAAGCGCGUGAAGGUGCAGCCACUGUGGGGAGCUACGUGGCAUCGAGAAGCUCUGAGUUCCUGAAGCCACAGCAGAAGCCCAGCUUGUUCUGUUGGUCACUCAUUCAAGCUGGUUCUGGAGAGGAGGAUCUGAUACGACAGCAUCGAGAGAGAAACACCGGCAUCUUCAGAUGUGAUGAUUGGCUAUUGCUGAGUGACCAUCCAGUAAGCUUCCAAGAUGUGAAGUCUAUGAGCAUUGGUGCAUUCAAUUCCAAGCGGGCUCCAUGGAACUCAUGGCAAGAACCUAAGAUGGCGGCAUCAGCCUUUGAAUAUCUGAUGAUUUGUCAAGUUGUGGAAUCACACAGGACAGUCAGAGGAGAGCAAAGCAGCGAGAAAGUUAUGAAGCUCAACAGGUACAAUGUGCCAGUCUUUCUGCGAGCAUGGAAGCAGGUGGUGGAUGAAGACCAGCGAUUCCAACAAUAUGACUGGACGGUGAAGGUCGACGCGGACACCUUUUUUUGUCAUGAUCGCCUGCGACAGCGGCUGGUGAAUACCAACUCCAGUGAAGCCUACAUUUGGUUGAAUUAUGAUGCUGCGGCAAAUCCUGGCCCUUUGGACUUUCUGGGGCCGAUCGAAAUCUUUUCCAAGAAAGCUGUCCAGCUCUAUCAGCAGAAGCAUUGGCAGGUGUGCCCACGACCACAUCCGCAGACACAAGGGGAAGAUGCCUUCAUGAAAGACUGCUUUCUAAAUCUGGGUGCCAAUACGAAAACGGACUACAGCAUUCUGGAGAAUGCAUGUGACUGGUGCAAACCACUUUCUCCUGAGCAGUGUGCUGAUAGCCAACAUGUCGCCUUUCAUCCAUUCAAGGAUGUGAAGAUCUAUGCCGAGUGCCUUGAGCAUGCAGCGAAUGCUGCUUCGUGCUAGGCACAGCGAUCGCCGCUUGAUUGGUGAGAGGCUGUCGUGCAGUGUCUAAGACACGCCAACAGCUGUACGGCUCAACCCCCUGAGGGGGCUGGGCCAGGGUCAUGAUUUUGUUCAGCAUUCCACAAGUGACGCUUUUUGCUGCAAGCUCCACAUAUUUGGCACCAGCCCAAUGCAUGGAUACAGUGAUACAGUGGAUCAUGGUGGCAAGAUGCAGAGAAAGAUUGGAACAGCUCAUUUGCUAUGGAG